AUGCAAGUACGACAUCCACCUUACAACUCGUUCCAGCACCAUUCACCUUCCGCUUUCGUGUGCCUGAACGCAUGCCUCGGAAUGACGACCGCUCAAGCUCCUACCAAAGACGGGACCCCCCAAAUCGCUUUGCCCAGAAUAAUAUUAAUCCUCAAAGACCAACUCGCCACCAAAGAGCAACCUCAUAUUCGUAACAGAUGUUUGACCAUAAAGAAACUAUCAGACGGCAAAGCACCUCCCCAAUACGGCGAACACAGCGUUUCGCGCACAACAGAGUUCGCUUUGCUACGUUACCAUCCCUACGAACGAACACAACCCUCAUUCAUUGGGGAAACAAUACCGCGUCCAUUAAGUACACAAAGUUCCAAUACUCCUACUCCGAUUGUAGAACAAGGCAAGAUAGCCAACGUAAAUUAUCAAGCAAACCUACCACUUGAAACAGGACCUGCGAUAGAAGCUGCAGACAAAGUGGUUAGUGCUGGUAGUGCUCGUCUUAUGAUAAUACCACUAAAAACACAUGGAUUCAUUGCACAAUUCCCACGUGCGCUCAUUGCCCAGCGACAACAACAAACUGUUUAUGAUCUCCACUCCUUCGUAGACGCAUCCUUACUUGCUUUUCGCAUUGGCGUGAGACUCAUAAAUUUUGUAUUGAAAGAACCUAAAAUUCAAACAAAAACCAUUACAUUAUACAGAGUCUCACUGGUGGACUUACAUUGGGCUACAAUCAAACGCGAAAAAUGGCAUCUUAGAUAA